CUAAAUAUCCUGGCCUCGACUGCCCGAGAGAACAAGUUAUCUCGAUAUGGCUACGCCACACAGAACACCUUCACGCCCUUCACAAGUCUCAGGCGCAGGCAGAGGCAGUCCGUCUAAAUGCACGACGCAAUCAUCGUCAACAAGAACGAAAGCGAGGGACCUACCUCAGACGCCACAACGCUGUCCACGAGCUUACCUCCGCACUUGAUCCUGGCGCCCUGAAAGUAGUCGAAGCCUUGGGUAUUCAGGGUAUGAGCUCAGACGAAUCUGAUCACGCAGCCGGUAGAGGAGAACCGACCUAUUUCAUCCGCAAGAAAUCAUGGCGCUCGCCCGCCCUAGUUGCCUGGUUGCGCACCCUAGAUGCUCUUCAUCUCUUCCUGAGAUACAAGGGAGCACACUUAGCAUCUCAGGGUGGGUGGCCUCACUACCGUCUGGAGAGUGAUAUCGAGAGCAGCAAGCCCGCGGUCACAGGCUUGCCCAUUGGGUUUUACUCUGCUGCAGCAACUAUGGACCAAUUCGAGGCCGCAUGGCUGAAGCCGCUGGUCAUCUCUGUCAAUCUCAUUCAUUCGGAUCGUGUUCUAACCCAUGCGGCACGUUAUGACCUGUCUAAUCGGCACAUUGUGACCGGGCGGUUUGACCCCAGAGGAGAACCCCAACCAGCAAGCUCACGGCAGCGGGGAAGUGCGCAGCAAAGCGAGAUGGCUGCUGGCCGUAGCACCUGAAGGGACUUCCGUGACGAUCCAGGAUUCCGACGCGCUUAUUGUAUGUUCUAAACCUCAUUCUGUAUUCGCAGUAUUGCUCCGAAA